AUGGAUAAAUCUUGGAUUAGAAUGCCAAGGACCACAAAGGAAUAUCUGGUUGGUUUGAAUCAGUUUUUGGAAUUUGCUUUUAAAAAUGGAGCUAUAGAAGAUAGAAUAAAAUGCCCGUGUCCUCAAUGUUGUUUUGGAAAAUGGCAGACUAGAGAGGUAGUAUUUGAUCAUUUGAUUUGCAAGCCAUUUCCUCAAAAUUAUGUCAUUUGGGUUAUGCAUGGGGAAACAAGUGUGUUACAAAAUUCUAAAAGCAGAGAGUUUACUCAGGAUACACUGCCUCCAAAAAAUCCUGUAGAAUUAUUGAUUAACGAAGCAUUUCAUGGCUUUAGGCAAGAGAGAUUUGAUGUAGGUCCAUCGCAAAUAGUGGCAGAAGAAGAGAUAUUAAAGGAUAUACCCACAUCAUAUGACAAAGACUUUUUUGAGUUGCUCAAAGAUGGAAGGGAAGAAUUGUAUGAAGGGUCUAAGUACUCAAAAUUAGAGUUUUUGUUAAAGUUAUAUCACAUAAAGUGUUUGUCUAGUCUAAAUGACAAAGGAAUGACUAUGAUAUUGGAUCUACUCAGGGAUGCCUUUGAAUUUGCAAAGAUCCCUGAUUCUUUUUAUGAGGCUAAGAAAACUAUCAACAAGUUAUGUCUUGAUUAUGUUAAGAUUGAUGCUUGUCCAAAUGAUUGCAUGUUGUAUUGGGGAGAUGAUGUUAAUGAGGAAACAUGCAAGCAUUGUCAUACUUCGAGAUGGAAGCUUGAUGAGAAGAAUACAAACAUUAAAGUGGUUGCUAGGGGUAAGAAGAAAAAAAAGAGACCUGCAAAAAUUUUGCGUUACUUCCCAUUAAAGCCAAGAUUACAAAGACUGUUCAUGUGCUCUAAGAUGGCAGAACAUAUGAGGUGGCAUAUGGAAGGUGGUAACAAAGAUGGAAUCUUAAGGCAUCCUAGAGAUGGUGAGGCGUGGAAGAGAUUUGAUACAACUUAUCCUGAAUUUGCUUUUGAAUCUCGAAAUGUUCGAUUAGGGUUAGCUAGUGAUGGUUUCAAUCCCUUUGGAGCGAUGAGUACUAAUAAUAGCAUUUGGCCUGUAAUUUUGGUUCCAUAUAACCUACCACCUUGGUUGUGCAUGAAACAACCAAAUUCUAUUCUAUCAAUGAUCAUUCCAGGUCCACGAAUGGUGGGAAAUAACAUAGAUGUAUACUUACAACCACUUAUUAAGGAGUUGAAUGAGUUGUGGAGUGAAGGUGUACAGACUUUUGAUUCAUCAAAGAAUGAAAUGUUUAGAAUGCGGGCAGCUCUUAUGUGGACAAUUAGUGAUUUUCCGGGACUCGGUAUCUUAUCUGGUUGGAACACAUAUACCGGUUUUGCAUGUCCAUCUUGUAAUUUUGACAUGAAACCUUGUCGACUUACUCAUAGUAGAAAGUGGUGCUUUGUUGGUCAUCGUCGAUUUUUGGCAAGAAAUCAUAAAUUCAGAUUAAUGAGGAAUCAUUUUGAUGGAACUGUAGAAGAAAGAAACCCCCCCAAAAAGUUAUCUGGAUCUGAUAUUUUGCAACAAGUGACAAAUAUUAAUGUUACAUUUGGAAGACAAGAAAAAGAAAAGUCAAAGGAUCACAUUGAAGCUCGAAAAGAUCUACAAGAUAUGGGUAUAAGGGAAGACCUUUGGGCAGAUGAGAAUGGUGAUUUUCGGCUUGGUGCAUUUACAAUUCCAAAGGAUAAGAAAGUGACCUUCCUUACAACUUUAAAGAAUAUCUUAAUGCCCGAUGGUUAUUCGAGUAAUAUAUCUCGUUGUAUACAUCUAGAAUCAAAGAGGAUCUUUGGAUUAAAAAGUCAUGAUUGUCACAUCAUUAUGGAACAAUUACUGCCGGUAGCAAUUCGCAAUGUGCUUCCAAAUCAAGUUGUAGCAAUUUUGGUAGAGUUCUGUUCCUUUUUUAGACACAUUUGUCUGAAAAAUUUGAGCCUCAUGGACCUUGAAAAACUACAAAAACGGAUUGUUAUCACUCUUUGCCACCUAGAGAUGUUGUUCCUUCCAUCCUUUUUUACUGUAAUGGUUCAUUUAACUGUCCAUUUAGUGGACGAAGUAAUACAAGGUGGUCCAGUACAUUAUCGAUGGAUGUAUUUUGUUGAAAGAUUGUUAGGUCAUUUCAAGUCACUUAUAGGGAACAAAUCACAGGCAGAAGGAUGUAUAGCUGAAGGUCAAAAAAUUGAAGAAGCUCUAACUCUUUAUUCUCGUUAUUUUGAGGAUAUCGAAUCGAGGGUAAAUAGGCCUAAACGAGUAAAUGAUGAAACAAAUCAUGAUGAGGUUCCUGAAAGGUCAUCUAUGUUCCCUCGACAAGGUAAAGUUGUCGGAGGCUUCAUAACAUUUGCUUUGACUCAUUUGGAGAAAACUCAAGCUCAUCGAUAUGUAUUACUUAAUUGCGCUUCAGCAAAGCCAUUUAUUGAGCAACACAUUAAAAGGAGUUCAAGAGGCAGAAAACCUUCGAUAACAGAGGUAGAAAAGAGAAUUAAUAGAGAGUUUACUGAUUGGUUUCCUAAGCGGAUAAUGAAUCCAGAUAUAGAAGACACAAUCUCUGAUGAUAUAAAGUUUUUAGCACAAGGUCCAGCGCCAUAUGCAAGAAGAUUCACUGCUUAUAACAUUAAUGGGUUCAAAUUUCGAACUUUGUCAAGAGAACAAGGAUUGAAAACUCAAAAUAGUGGAGUUUUUCUUAUGUCUAACACUUCUUGCGUUGCAUCUAGUGCUGAUAGAAAUGCAAGACAAGCAGAUUUGCCAUAUUAUGGGAAGUUGGAAGAUAUUAUUGAGCUUAACUAUUAUGGAAAGUUCAGGGUUGUGCUUUUCAAAUGCAAGUGGGCUGACACUACUCGAGAUAGAGGGUUUAAAAGAGAUGUUUGGAACUUUAAUUGUGUCAAUUUUUCUAAAUUGAUUCACACCGGUGAUCGUGAGGAUGAUGAUCCUUAUAUUGAAGCAUCACAAGCAAAUAUGGUUUUCUAUGUUGAUGAUGAAACAGAUAAAGAAUGGAGUGUAGCUAUACAUUUACAACCAAGAGAUGUGUUUGACAUGGGACAAGUUGAUGAAGAAGAGAUAUUUGAGAAUGAGCCCUACCAACAACAAGAAUUUGAAAAUUUUUUCGAUGUUGAUUAUGGAAAUGUCCAAAUCUCAACAGAGGAGCAUAUGUCGAACACACAUAGCAUGCUUUUUAGUUUUGGUGUAAAGGAAAAACUAUUUGUAUAUGCUAAUCACAUCACUCUUUUAUUAAGAUUUGAACUUUUCAUGUGUGUGUGGAUCUGGAUACAAAUUUCUUAUGAAAAUCUGCAGUCUUAUAACUGGAUGAACCAGUAA